UGACAGCUGUGGGACAUAGUCGUGCAACAGAAAUGAGAGCGAUUCUCCUCUGGACAACUUUGCUCUUCUCAGUGAGGGAGCACCAUGGCGUCCAAGCAGGUUUAAAGGAAACCUGUACACACGGAGACUUCUGUGUCACUUUAGAUGAUGGAGUCAUAACUGCAGAGAGUGGACUCUGUGUGGAGAUUCCAUGCUCCUUCAAGACUCCUCAGAGCUUCACUCCUCAACACAUGCUUUGGUUCAGAUGUGAACAAUGGCAUGAAAGGUGCGACUCUUCAUCAGACCCGAUCUACUCCAGUGACAACAGCUCAGCCAUCAGGAAAGGAUUUGAAGGACGAGUGUCACUGUUGGAGUCUGAUGUGAGUCAGAGGAACUGCAGCAUCAUCAUCAACGACCUCUCACCGUCAGAUUCUGGAUGGUACCAGCUCAGACUGACCAGCAAAGACAAUGCAUACACAUAUAAGAAGAAGCAAGAGAUUUCUGUCAGAGGUCUGAGCCAAAAGCCCAUCCUGGAUGUCCCUCAACUGAAAGAGGGUCAGCUGACAGCACUGACCUGCACUGCUCCUGGACUCUGCUCCGGAUCUGAGCCCACUAUUAGCUGGAAGUGGGAAGGCAAAGGGAAGAGUCCACACCUGGUUGGAGGAAACAUCACAGCUCAGAAGAGUGUUUCUCUUGGUGCUGUGAGGAGACAGUACAGCUCCACUCUGAUAUUCAGCGCUUCUUCUGAGCACCACAGCAGCAGCAUCACCUGCACUGUUGUCUUCACACACGGUGGGAGCACAGAGGAGAAACAGACUCUGGAAGUGCAGUACCUGAAGAGCGUCACCAUCACUGGACAAACACUUGUGAGGCAGGGUGAGACUUUGUCUCUGCACUGUGCUGCUGACAGUUCGCCUCCGGUUCUGGUCCAGUGGACCAAAGGGAAGACGUCAGAAGCUCUGGCUCGCAGCACUGGAGAAGCUGCCUUGAUGAUCCCAGCCGUGACUAAAGAGCAUUCUGGGCCGUACAGAUGCACUGCAGAACAAGGAAGUAAACAAGUGAUGGAGGAGGUCCACGUUAAAGUCAAGUAUGUGAGGAGACCCAUCAUUUUGGGGAACACAGAUGUAAAGAAGGGCAGAGCUCUAAAUCUGACCUGUGCUUCUGAAAGUUAUCCUGAAUCUGUCAUCACCAUGAAGAAGGAAGAGAGGAGAGAGAAAACCAUCUCUUUCCAGGCCACUAACACCAACACUCUGUCUGUUUUGAUCCCAAAUGUGACGACAGAAGAUUCAGGACGUUACAUCUGUGAAGCCAGAUAUGAGAUGGAGACACUGACCACAUCCGUGAAUGUGACUGUGACCUGGUUUGCUGGGAUCUUGAAUGGCUCGAGAUGUGAGCGGGACUCAGCAGCUCUCACUUGUGUCUGUGGCAGUCAGGGCCACCCCUUACCCUCCAUCUCCUGGCUGCUGCUGACCGACCACAGUGACUCUCACAUCCAGACCAACGUAUCAGGAGAUGAAAUCUGGAGCAGCUUCAGUGUGAAAGAUGGCCACAGUGUGAAGACCGUUGUGUGUGUUGUCACUCAUGAGGACGGAGAAACAAAGGAGGAACUUCCUGUUCUGAAUCAUGACAGUCUGUUCAAGUUUCUAACAGUGGAAGUCCUGGUGGCAUUUCUGGUGGGAGUGUUUUUGUCUGGGAUCAUCUUCUUUGUGCUGCAGCUCAUUUGUUGCAGAAACACAAAGAAAAUGCAAAAGCACAUGGAAAUUCCUUUGACCAAUGGAGCUGAUCGACAGACUCCUAAGGCAGAGACAGCAGUGGGCGAGAGAGGACCCCAGGAACCUGAGCCAGGACUGAAGGAUGUGGAUUACUCUACCAUCAACUUCUUUCACAUGAAGGGAAAAAGUCCCCACAAGGCACCUGAGACUAUGGAGACAGAAUACUCAGAAAUCAAGAGGCAAGAAGCUGCUGAGGAGUCAGUGAAAAAGAGUGAAGAAGUCAUGAAUCGAGUUCUGGAGAUGCAACAGGCUGACCAGGAGAUGGCGCUGUAUUCCAACAUUAGAGAGAUCAGUCUUGGCACCAAGUGAAGUGAUACUGAAUUUUAACGAUGACAGAAUGAUCAUUUCUUUGAUGAAGCUGACAUUCUGGGCAGUGGGAGAACUGGCAAAUACUCAUUGCUGUCUCAGGGAAAGUCAGACUUCUCCUCCCUUACCUACCUUCUUCAUCCUCACUGGUCACACUGAUCCUCUUCACACCCUCAUUUACCAACAACCACAUUUAAUACUCUGUCUGUGUCAUUUUGCUAUGUAUUUUCUUGCACCAAAGCAAGCAUCUCCACAGCAGAAUUGUGAAACCAUCAAGGCAAGCUCAACUUAGUCCUGUCCUUUGAUGGAUUUAUUCAAAGGGAAAUGUCAAGUCUCCAGAUCACUAUUCUCAUGUGUUACAUGACUUUUAAAUUCUAAUAUCAUUAUUAUGCUUGUGACCACUGUAUCACCACUGACAACAUCAAUGGAAGCUGCAUUUAGAGUACACAUUUGUGGUAUAUGGUUUGGAUUCUGACUCCUCCCAAUAAACUGUAUUUAAGGAGAAUAGAAAUAGGCAUAUUAAUUUUAAAUUGAUAAAACUCACUUGGCCAAUACAAUUUAUCGCUGUUAUUGCUGUUCACAGUUACAGGUGUUUUCAUUUAAUUUCUGCAUGCAAUUUCAUGGCAAAAUGCUCAACACAGUUUUCAUAGUCCCACAGGAAGCAUGAGGUUAUACUGUUGAAAUAUAAGUUAAAUAAGAAGAGCAUUCUGAAAUAAAAUACAUAUCAUUGAAAUAAAAAGCA